AUGUCCUCAUCACCAAACGAGUCAAAGGCUCUGUGUGACUACCUCGGAAUAGAGGAAGAGGUGGACUAUGGUAGCGAUACCAGUGUCCGCGGUGACACAGGGACAACGUCCGGCUCACUGAUGCCUGAGGCACAACUUUCGAACACCCCAAAUCCGUUCGCUGAACGUGGAGGUGCGAGCGCGCCGCCAGCGCAGCGUGCAGCAUCUGGGUUUGAUGAGACUAUCAUCGCGAACCCGCUCGAUGAGCAACAACAACUGCUUGUUCAAAGAGAACAAAACGCUCAGCGUUAUGCACAGAUGACUGCAACCCUUGAACGCCAGCGUGAUUAUGUGUUCACCCCCACCCAGUGUGGAGGAACGUCUGCGUCAAGCGGCCGGCCAAACAUUGGCAACGUGGGUCAUUGGCCAUGGGCCUAA